AUGGGAGAGUUGACUCGAUUUGUAUCUAUUUUUGUCUUUUUCUUUCUUUAUUCUCAGCAUAUCCUCGCGUGUUCAUUUACCACCUUUCUCGAACGAAGAGGAGCCACUUUUGCGACGAGAAAGCUUUUCUCUUUCCCGUCUUCAAAGCUCUUAUUAUACACUAUUAUAAAUACACACGCACGCGCAGAAGAAGAACAAGAAGAAAAAGACGACGAUACGAUGAUGAAAAAGCAGCGCGUGUUAGCCUACGCGCGCGUUCGGCCUUCUUCAAACUCUUUUCCCACGUCUCCUCGGAAGGAGAAAAAAAUACGCGGAGAAGACGGCGACCGCGAAGAAGAAGAAGAACACGAAGAAGAACACGAAGAAGAGGACUCGAAGAAGAAGAACAAGAAGACGAAGAAGAAAACGCGCGCAUCUUUAACCGACCCUGGCAUAGUGGAAACCGCGAGCGGUCAUUUUCGCGUCGACCACGCGUUCGGGGAAGACGCCACGCAAAGGGACGUGUGGGACGCGAUAGGAGAACCAGCGUUGACGGACGUGAUGCGAGGCGAGGAGGCGUGCGUCAUCGCGUACGGGCAAACCGGAGCCGGGAAGACGUACGCUUUGUUGAAUACUCCGGGAAUGACAUCGUCGAUGGGCGGCGGCUUGGAGAAGGAUUUUACGUCCAGGAGAAGAGAGGAAGAAGAAGAGGGAGAAGAGGAUGAUGAUGAUGAUGAUGAAGAAGAAGAAGAAGAACGGCGCAACUCCGCGGGACUCGUUCCGCGGCUGGCGGUGGAACUUUUCUUGCGAAUUGAUAAGGAGGGGAAGAAGAAGAAGGUGAUGAAGGAGACGAAAAAGAAUCGACGGACAAAGACAAUGUUUGUCGUAGAAAUCUCGAUGAUGCAGAUUUAUAACGAAAUCGUGGACGAUUUGUUGGAAGAUUUGGAAGAUGGCGGUAAUAGCGCGACCAAGAAGAAAAUGAGCGACAAGAGCAAGAGGAGCGCGUCUGUGAGUUUUAACGAGAAGAAUGGAAAGACGAGUCGAACGAAAAACGUCGUUCGUAUGAACGAUGUCUGCAACAACAAUAAUAAUAAUAAUAAUAAUAAUAACAACAACAAUAACAAUAACAGUAUCAACAACAAUCACGGCGAAGAGUGGGAAGUUGAAGAUUUGACGUGGAUGCGAUGCGAAAACGCCUCGAUGCUCUUGCAGAAAUUCGCCGAAGGCAGAAAACGCCUGAGAUACGCAGAAACUCGCAUGAAUAAACACUCGAGCCGAAGUCACUGCGUUCUGAACGUAAGAGUCAAGAAAAUCAAGAGGAAGAAAAGAGGUCGCGGUAAAGAUGCAGUUUUAAUCGUCGAGCAAAGCGAAGGUGUUUUGACCGUCGUCGAUUUGGCCGGGUCCGAGCGACAACACAAAGAUUACUAUCGGCAUCAAGAAGUCAAAAGAUACCCACUCGUCAACAAGAAAGACCGCGUUCUUCUCGAAGAACUUCGAUUCAAAGAGGCUACUCGCAUAAAUCAAAGUCUGCUCGCGUUGGGAAAUUGCGUGCGCGCGUUGGCGAGUAACGCCGCUCACGUACCCGUACGCGAUUCCAAUUUAACGAAGAUUUUGUGUUCUAGUUUGAAUGGACGAAGUCGGACGUGGCUGCUAGUGUGCUGCUCUUCGGAAGUUGAGCAUGCGUCCGAGACUGCCGCUGCGCUUGAUUUUGCCACACGCGCUAUGCGCGUGGAAACUCUUGCGCGGUGCCCUGGGCAUACUAAGGAAAUCAUAGAAAUUGAUUCCGCGGAGUUGUCGUCGACGACGACUGUACUUUCUACUACGCCUCGGGAAUCGAACGCAAGCCGGAGCAGUACUAGCAGUAGUAUCACUAACGGCACGUUGAAUAGCGACAGAGAAGAAGACGAUUCGUUCGACGACGACAAUGACGACGACGACGACAAAAAUUUCGACCGCAAGGAAGGCAGUUUCGAUCAAAGGGAACUAAACGAACGAAAAGAAGACCAACGACAACGCUGCACUCUUCAAGAAGAACAUCGUCGUCAUCGUCGUCCGUUUACGACAAAUGUUCGUGAAGGAAAAUUGCGGAGAGAGAUACAAAGUUUGCGCGACGAGCUCGAGUCUCUCAAAAUAGAACGCGCCGUAGCGAAGCAGAGAGCGAAAGAAAACGACGAGCGAAAAGGCGAGGAACUCGAAUCGAUGAAAGCGAAACUGAACGAGAAGUGCUCAGAAGUCUCGCACUCUUUAAAAGCGAUGCAACGAGAAAACAGAGAAAAAGGUGAGCUCGUGGAAAGUUUGCAAAAAGAGAAGAAUGUUUUACUGGCGAAGUAUCGCGAGAAGUGUCGACAGUUUGACGUGGAGUCCCAGAAAGCACAAACGAUACUCGACCGAGAAACUCGCGCAAAGAGAAUCGCCGAAUCAAAUCACGAGCGCGAGGUGAUCCUGCACACCGAAACGAGACGAAAUCUCGAACGAGAGAGAACGAAGAGCGAGAAAGUAGUCGCUCGGUGCGCAGCAGAGCGUUUGAAAUCGGAAGCGAAUCAUCAAGCCCGACUCCAAACUCUCCUCGAGAAAAACGAACGAACACGUAAAGAAGCGGAAGUAAACGUAAAAACGUUGCGCCUUUAUCACGAGGCGAUUAAACCAUCGGGUAUAAUUAAGAUCACGCGCGUCGAGGAUGAGAAGGACUUCGCGCGCCGACUCUCCAUCGAACAACGCAAAGACGCGCAGCGCGCUUUACAAUUUCGCGCUCUGCGAGACGACUUCACGACGAAACUCGUUGAAAAAAAUAAACUUCUCGAAAACGAAAAGCGCCGCUCGCAGCGCUCGCGUUUACACGCGCUCGAAAUGAAGGAAAAAUUAAAAGCCGCCUCCAAGUCGCUGACUGAUUUCAAACUCGCCCAGAGAGAAGGAAUGGACGAAAUAUGUGCGCGAGGCGUGGUCGUGUAUAAACGAGGCGAUAAAAAUUCGAAUUCGAAUCGCGCGUACGAGCGAGUCGUGCGCGUCGCUUCGCCACUCAAAACCUCGAAUGCUCACAUUUCUGCGCCUUCGCAGUAUCGCGUUUUGCAACAAGGCUACGUUCGAUGGAACGCGUCGAAAACUAUACCUUCGCGAAGGCUCGAAAGCAUUGGUCUCGACAACUCCAACUUCCUUUUGCGUCAGUUGAAAAGAAACCUGAAAAGAGCGCAGUUUGCCCCGUUUUCGUUCGAAGAAGAAGAAGAAGAAGACAAAGAAGACAAAGAAGACAAAGACGAAGAAGACAAAGAAGGUUUGACUCCGUCCUUUUCUCAUCGUAGGAUUUGA